GCGUUGGAUAAACACAGUUUAGUGAAAUAGUGGUAUUAAGUUUCAUAGCAUUGCCUUCCCAUGGAUGCGGUGGAUCAUGAAUGAAUAAAAAUGUCCUCAGUACUUGGUCACGAAAGCCUUCGGUCAAGUCAAUUAGCCAAAUGUGGAGACGAACGGCUGCGACCCCAUGCCAUUCAAUGACCUUCCCAAAUGUCUUCAUACUGAUACCUCACCUAACUACCGGGAUAUCAUGAUGAGUAAAAGCUCGGUCAGAAAGAUCAACUAACAAGUGCAAGCUAGAUAUACAGUUACUUGAUGUGGUCUGAUGUGUUCCAAUGAUGUCAAGAUAGCUUGGUUUCAAAGUAAAGCGCCUUUGGGUAAAAAUGAUGUACGUGUACGGUAGUACCCAUGUACCUGAUCUGUGUGACUUCACUGUGGUGUAGUGGACCGGAGCUAGCCUCCUCCGCAGGCAUCUCUUAUGUAUUUAUAUUAGGCAUUUAUAUUUGGCUUGGGUUAGCUGUGUCAGGGUCUCAGGUAGUGAGAAAAAAAUUUGCGUGAGAUGCCUGCCAUAAAUCGAACAAAAUGGACGUGUCGCUGUACCUUGUGGACUUGUCACUGCACCCCGGGUCCCCUAAGUAGUUUUGCACUCUAAUUAUAUAUUCACGAUUGUCCUUCAAUGCGAAGGAUUGAAAGAAGUUCGAAAGUAGCGAAGCUUUGAAAAUGUCUUUUACAGUAUCUCUCCCACUUUUUCCCUCGCCUUCCCCGACACAGCUAAACCAAGUCAAAUAUAAAUGCCUAAUAUAAAUACAUACGAGAUGCCUGCGGAGGAGGCUAGACCGGAGCACAGCUCUCCCCAAUGACCAGCCUAUUCCCAGAAUGCAAGGCGCGGUAAAGAGGACUAGGGACUAGUCUGCCCAAUGACAAAAAGGGAAAUGCGCUGGAAGUUGCUUCCCCCGAUGGAUAGCGGGCUCUGGUUUCGUGAUUGCAUAAACCGUGGGAGUUAAUACCCGUCGAUGCUGAAAAAAUGACCGAAGUAUUAUUCAUCUUAUGUGUGGACAUGUGAUCCUUUGUAAUCCGUCGACCGUCGCGCAUAUCAUGAUUCGUGGUAUUUAGCAUUCGAAUGAGCAGUGAACAACUUUUUUGCGCUGGACAUCGUAAUUGUUUCUAUUAUUAAAAAGGACUGACCAUGGCAGAAUUCAAUGAACCCGACCAAACCGAUACUGUCGACCUGCUACAAGCUUUCGCCAGCUUUGACAGAUUUCGAACUAUGGUAAAUACGCUCUUGACUGCUUUAGAAAGCGCAAACUCGGCGUCAGCGACUGUUCUCGCCCUUGAAGGUCUCUUCCGCAUUGAGGAUGGUGUUCAAAGCCAACAGUUUUCAUUGGAUCCUUCGCUUCGCCUAAGAAUACGCAAAGUUCUACGUCAAUGGCGAUGCAACUCAAACCUGGAGUUUGCAUACGUGAUAGUAGGCAAAAGAGUGCCUGAUAUUCUCAGAAAUCUUACUAUCUUCGCGACCUUCAAAAUCCCGUUGUUCGUCGAUGAUUACGGACAGAAGAAAUUGAUGAACAUUUUUAACGACGAACAGCUUGUUAAUAUCGAUAUUGAUUUGCAAACACCAAUCGUACACGUGACCCACUGCAGCGAAAAAGAAAAUAUUUUGAAAGCUCGUAAGUUCGUACCGAGUGAUAAUAAAAAUAUCAUCGCGGGAACGUGGUUUUCCCCAGAGAAUCAACUUGGUUGGCCACCACGCAGUGUUUAUGGAAGUUGGGCAUUUGAGACGACACUUGAGAAGUUAGGCGUUGAAUGCAUACGUCAAGGUGAAAUUGUUUCUUACAAAGACGAAGUCAAUUUUAUUCUAUACGCUGGCAGGAGAGAUGAAGAUGAAUUUGCCGUUCUAUGCCCGAGGAAGGCGACUGACGAGGCCGCUAAAGAAAUUCAAGGCAGGGUGACCGCUUAUACUGCCGUGUCUAUAUUCGUACCGUCAGAAUUUCUGCCAAACCCAUUAACAUUUGACAACGCAAUAACGGGUCCAUUUAAAGUUCACCACAUCCCUUUUUGCGUGCGUGCCUUCCGCAACUUCACCAGCUGUCAAGAAUUAGAUGCAUGACGAAUGAAAUAAAGUGGUAACAACGUUCUUCACAGAAGCCUGUAUAUAGUACAUACAUUAAAUUGCAAAACCUAACACUGUAAGUGUAAGACAAGGUUGAUUAUACAUGUUAAUGACAUACAGAGUUGAUUCAAAGUAAUACCAUUGAUGAAAAACAGAAUUAUAAACUUAAUAUGCUUAGUUAACUGUACCCGAAUCACGUACAAGAAGUCUCCUCACUUUCUCGCAGUUUUUUCAACUUCGUAUUCUAUGACUAUGUGCGGUCUAAUUGUUCAUGUACCGAUGUAUUUU